AUGGCCCUUAAAAAUAAGAAUGUGAUUUUUCAAGUUAAAGCUUCUUUGAAGGAUCUCAUGAAAAUUAUUACCAAUGAUAAUAGUAAUGAUAAUGUGAUGGCUGGGCAAUUAAAGUCAAAAAAAACUAAAAAAUGGUUUACAGAUAAUAUUAGUAGUGCAAUAGAAGAGUUGCUUGAAGUUAACAAAAAUGCUAACGAUUAA